AUGAAGUUAUUCGUUCUCUCAGCUCUCUUGUCUGCUGCUUUGGCCUUCUCCAACACAGCUCCGGUUAUCUCGUGGUCCUCUCACAGCUCGACCUUAUUGGAUUCGUUACCUUCAAAGUUUACCUUGGAUGCCUUGCUGUCAAGUACAGACAUUUGUGGGCACGAUGCGGUAGUCUUCAUUGACCAACCCGAGCUACGCGCCUCAGAUUUGCGUUCUCUAUCUCCGACUAGCCACCUGGCUCGUUCCCUCGCAUCGGCGCCUUCAUCCCGCCAACUACCAUAUGUACCAAACCACGGUCACAACGUCCCACAACUCUUGGAGACUACUGCGGCUCGGUGUAACUCUCAAUAUGUCUCCUAUGCGCCAGGAUAUGGUUCGUCUUUGUCAGGGAGCGCAAAACAUUUGUUGGCGUUGACAUUCCCACCUCUGGAUGGGCUCGCGAAGGAUCGCAAAGAAGCUCUUUUGAAACACGACGACAUACUCUCCACUGAACUUGCUCGAAUUGCAACCCUCUUCCCGCACCAUAUUGUCAUAUAUACCAGCUCCGCGUCACUCUCAAAGCGCAGCACGCCUGUAAACUUGCGGGCUGCUCCUAGUCCGUCGAGUAAAGGCGGUAUCUUGGCCCACUAUCAACUGCUGACUCCGGGUCUGAUUACGGCUCUAAUCAUUACGCUUUUUGUUCUCCUUCCGAUUAUUAUGCUCGGUAUCAAUGCCCUCGGGAGCAUCCAGAGCCCGUUGCGUGUCGAUCCUCCCAAGGGCUUUGAUGCAGUUGAGAAGAAGAAUCAGUAA